CCCAGACGCUAUCGCAACAAUGACUCCUCGGCCGAUAGACUAUAAGAUCCCGGUCUUCUGCAUACAUAUCACCCACCUCAACAUUCAUCCCCCUCCCCCAAAUCAACCAUAACAAUAACACUCACCUCCAAGCACAACAAUGUAUCUCCGAGCCAUCCACGCCGAGGCAAACAUCCCCGCCCUCCACCAACUUAUCCGAGAGAACCCCCUCGGCAUCCUCACAACAGCCAUCAAAUCACCCCUCUACCCGCUCCUCCAAUCUAGCCACAUCCCAUUCAUCCUCGACGUUCCCGAAACCACAGACGGAACGAUCCCAAAUGGAACUCUACGCGGCCACAUGGCUAAACAAAACCCCCAGGCCAAGGCCCUAAUGGAAGCUCUCGCAGCGCAACACGAAAAAGGCGAAACAUCUCUCGAGCUCCAGGAUGAAGUUCUUGUGCUGUUCACAGCCGCACCCCACCACUACGUCACGCCUAAAUUCUAUACCGAGACGAAGCCUGCCACGGGGAAGGUCGUGCCGACGUGGAACUAUGCCGCUGCGCAGGUGUACGGCAAGGUCCGGAUUUACUGUGACUCGAAGGCCGAGGAAACGGGUGCGUUUCUGCAAAAGGCAGUGGAGGAUUUGACGAACCAGAGUGAAUCGUCGAUUAUGGGGUAUACGGGGACGGAGGGACGACCGGGGCCGUGGAAGGUUUCGGAUGCGCCGGUGUCGUAUGUGGAGAUUUUGAAGAAGAAUAUUAUUGGGAUUGAGAUUACGAUUGAAAGGUUGCAGGGGAAGUUUAAGAUGAGUCAGGAGAUGGGGAAGGGGGAUCGGGAGGGGGUGGUUGAUGGGUUUGAGGAGUUGGGGAGUGAUGUUGGGAAGGGGGUUGCGCAGAUGGUGAGGGAGAGGGGGGCUUUGAAGGAUGGGCAGAAGUAG